AGGCCCCUUCCGACGACAACAACCUAUUCCUCAACCCGCGCACCUUUCCUGUCAACCACCGCAACCAUGGCGACCGAGUUGACCGUCCAGUCCGAACGCGCGUACCAGAAGCAGCCGCACAUCUUCCUCAACCACAAAUCCAAGGCUGCAAAGAGCAGAAGAGUUGGAAAGGGUGGCCGAAGAUGGUACAAGGAUGUUGGUCUGGGAUUCAGAACACCAAAGACCGCCAUUGAGGGUGUCUACAUCGACAAGAAAUGCCCGUUCACCGGUAUGGUCUCUAUCCGAGGCCGUAUCCUCACCGGCACUGUCGUCUCUACCAAGAUGCACCGAACUUUGAUCAUCCGCCGAGAAUACCUUCACUUCGUCCCCAAGUACGCCAGAUACGAGAAGAGACACACUAACCUCGCCGCCCACGUCUCUCCUGCUUUCCGUGUUGAAGAAGGUGACACAGUCACCGUCGGUCAAUGCCGACCUCUCAGCAAGACUGUCCGAUUCAACGUCCUCCGUGUCCUGCCAAGAACCGGCAAGGCCGUCAAGGCUUUCCAGAAAUUCUAAACUCGCGAACGAAUCAAGUAGCAGAAGUGCAGGAUCGAUGAUUUGAAGGGGAUGGCAAGGCUGGAGCAAAGCAUGAGCAUACUUGUCUUGUGACAAUGGUUAUGGGGAAAGAUAUCUUCGGCGUCAAUGAUUAAAAGCACAGAUCGACGAGAUAGAGAAUGUGCCGCUGACAUGGGGUGCCGCGCCGAUUUUUGAAAACAAAGCAAAAAGACGGCAAAGAAAAAAAAGUCCAAUACUCACGAAACAAAUC